AUGGCUUCCUUCCGCUUCUGUGCCGAGUGCAACAAUAUGUUGUACCCCAGAGAGGAUAAGGAUAAUGCUAGACUCCUUUACUCCUGCCGAAAUUGUGACUACACAGAGUUGGCGGAGAACCCAAAAGUCUACCGUCAUGAGCUUAUCACCAACAUUGGUGAAACAGCUGGUGUGGUGCAAGAUAUCGGCUCGGAUCCUACCUUGCCAAGAUCAAAUAAAACAUGUCCGUUUUGUGGGAACCAUGAGUGUGUGUUUUUCCAGUCACAGCAAAGAAGAAAGGACACUUCUAUGAUCUUGUUUUAUGUGUGCUUGGAAUGUAAAAAAGUUUUCAGAGCAUGA